CUUUCUCUCUCUCAGGCCCUACUACCACCGAUCCCUCGUUAGCCUCGGCACCGUCAUAUUCCUCUCCUCCCUCUAUCUUCUCCCGCGACUGUCCAUGAUCGCCAUCAUGACACACGACGUCCACAGCACAUCGCGACACUUUAAGUUUACUACAUCCUCCGACUCCUCAAUCUCCGCGAUGGCGCCUGCUAUUUCACUUGACAGAACACAAAGUCAAACUUCACAACAAAGUCUCCUCAUCCAAUACCUCAGUCAAUCCUUCCUCGCUCUAGAACCACCCACUAGCUUAUGUAUGAUCAAAAAUUCGCCUAAUGACAAUUGGCCCAUCAAUACGAAGCUAAAUCAGUCUUCGUGCGAGCGCAAUGCCACCAAUUCCUCACCCUCAAUCUGAUCGAAACGUCAUAUAGAACCCACCACCUGCCAGAUCAGGAAACAACAGUUAUUCAGACGAAGAUGAGUUUACCUUUGAUCUCUGAUACCGCAAACAGCAUAGAGGGUCAAGGCACAUCUUCGGAAUUCUCUUCUCUACCACGACGGAUUCAGAUCCCCCCCGGGACGCCGUUGUCAGUCUUUAAUUGCAUGAGCCUAUUUCACUGGGCGAUUGUAAUCGCCUCCCUUACAGUAGUUAUUAAUCGACUCGGACCAUGCUCUCUGCUCCCAGCCGCAGUUCGCUCCAGCCGCCACAUAAGCCUAACUUUCUUUUGGUAUUGGACUGACUCUGAACUCUAUGUAGCAUUAACCUACUAUAGUUGCUUCUGUCGUAUAUAAGUGGGAUUUACCGUAACAUUUUAUCACACAAUACUAGACUUUCGUCG